AUGUCUCAAGAACAAGCAUUCGAGCGCCACGAGGUGCUCUCAGCUUCCAACGCCGUUGCCAAAACCAUCCUCGACCGACAUAGCACCCGCGCAUUUUGUACUGGCCAAGAAGUUCCCAUAUCCGUCAUAGAAGAAUGUUUCAGUGUAGCACAACACGCUCCGUCUUCUACAAACAUUCAACCUUGGAGAGUCAUCCUGACGUCCGGUGCACCACUUAAACGCCUAUCUUCUGCCCUUGUCGCGGCAUUCGAGAACAAAAAAGAGCUUAAACUUGACGAUAUCCCUGAAACAUUCAAUCAUUAUCGAUCCAAACUGGGCCACUAUGUGUACGGGCCGAAUGGGUAUAACAUCAAUCGUGGGGAUACAAAGUCGAUGAUGAAAACUGUAAUCGAAAACUUCAAGUUUUACAACGCACCGGUCGUGGCUGUGCUGUACAUCGAUAAAGAACUCAACAAGGGUGACAUUUUAUCGGUUGGGAUCUACUUACAGACGCUGCUUCUGCUACUGACCGAGAAGGGACUGGGGACUCAAGUCUCGGCUGCUCCAACUGGAUAUCCAGAAAUUAUUAAAAAAGAGCUGGGAAUCGAAGAGAACAUGCAUAUUCUUUGCACGGUCGGGAUUGGAUUCGAGAACAAGUCACAUCACAUCAACUCUUUGAAGAUGCCAAGGGAUGACUGGAAGCAAAGCAUAAGAUUUGUGAUGGAAUGA